AUGGAAGUCGACAAGGCCAAGCACCACCCCAAUGCUGUCCCCAAUGCUGUCCCCGUCGGAGCCGCCAUCUUCGAUGAACCCGUCUCAUACCUGGACCUCAAGGCCUGGAUCGCCGAACAAGAAGCCUUACCCCAGCCAGAGCCACUCACUGAUAUCCAGAAGAGAGCCAUUCUGGACCUGAAGAAUUCCAUUGUCAAGACGAAGCAUAAUUUUGGCCUUAACGAAGCUGACUGGAUCUCUUUACUUAUGAGAUACCAGCAGGCCCAUCAAGCGGAACAAUGUGUGAUCGAAUAUAAUGACAGCCACCAAAAUCCGGUUGGCAAGGUUGGGUUCAUGUGCUUUGUCUCCCUUCAAGUCACCAAGGACUGGGAGCCGAUCCUCUUCCCCAGCGAAGAGAAUGGUCUAUUGCAGGACGAGAUUACCGGAGCACCUUAUGUCCCGCAAUUUACCAAGAAAAAGGACGCAAAACGGUACGCAGCCAAGUGUGCUAUCGAGUGGCUUAUGUAUCAAAGGUACAUGCCCUCAGAUUGCAAAAAUGUGACUUUCGGCAGUUUCAAGGCAACGCCCAAACCUGCCAAUCCCCAAAUCGGGCAGGCGAAGAAAACACCUCAAGUUGCGGUUGUGCACCCUUCGAUCAUUACUCCCCAGCGGACCCCUACGGCACCGGUCGAAAGCAACGGAUUCGCUAAUGAUAAUGGCACCGUGUCUGCGCCCAUCUCCAUCCCCGCCACGCCAUCGCCUCCCGCGACCGGGGAAUUGGAAUCAAACAACGGUAGCAACGGUGCCUCUCUGGAUCCAAAUGCCGUGAGUAACACCGAGAAGUCAUUGGCACCCUAUCUUGCCAAACCUCCUCCGGCUGCCACGCCUAUUCGUAGGAAAGCCACCGAUAAUCUUCUUGAUAUUGACGUCCAUGACGAUAGUAUCUCGGUCCAUCAACGAAUAGCUGAGAUGUGCAGGAGAUUGGGGAUGCCAAUGCCACAAAUCAAAGUCGAACUGAUUCCUGAUACUCAGAACAUGUAUCGCGGCUGGGCCAGCUUUCCGAUCGAGGCGGGGCUGGUACCGGAGCAUGUCGGGCGAGUGAAAAGCGGUUUAUUGAUGAAGCGCACCAAGGAGAUGGUGGGUGAGCAAGUUCUGGAAUUUCUGUUCCAGCUUGAGCAGAAACGGCUUGCGGAGGCGGACCUUGUUUGGGCGGAUGUAUGAGGCUGCGCAGGGAGUGAAUCUAUGGUAUCAGGCAGUGAUGGGGUCGGUGAUGUUUACCUCCGCUGGUAUUUGGUUGCCUAUCUCGAGUGAUGGGAGGAACGUGGCGCAAGCGUCUGUCCACGCCACGAUCUCGUAUCGAUGAUGGUCUCUGAUCUUUGAAUCUCGGAGCAGUUUUGGAGUUGUUAAGUCUACCCAUAGGAGGGAUGAUGUUGAUAUCGUUCACGGUACAGCGACCAUCUCCCAAGUUUACUGUGGAAAUCUCGCCUCGAACCUAAGGGAAGGUAAAACCGAGCAGGGAAGUAACUGUAACACCAUGAUCAGCGAAAUAUAUUUUCAGUCAUGACCGUCA